AUGAAACCUUCCACGGCAGAGACUCUCCAUAGGGGAAGGAUGUUGUGGAUAAUUCUUCUAAGCACAAUUGCUCUAGCAUGGACUACACCAAUUCCCUUGAUAGAGGACUCGGAGGAGAUCGACGAGCCCUGCUUUGAUCCAUGUUACUGUGAAGUGAGAGAGAGCCUUUUCCAUAUACAUUGCGACAAUAAAGGAUUUAUAAAUAUUAGUCAGAUAACGGAAUCGUGGUCAAGACCUUUUAAACUUUAUCUGCAGAGGAAUUCCAUGAGGAAAUUGUACACCAACAGUUUUCUUCACUUGAACAAUGCUGUGUCUAUUAACCUUGGGAACAAUGCACUGCAGGACAUUCAGACAGGAGCUUUCAAUGGGCUCCGAGUCCUGAAGAGGUUGUACCUCCACGAGAACAAAUUAGACAUUUUCAGAAAUGACACUUUCCUGGGUUUGGAAAGUCUGGAAUAUCUGCAGGCAGAUUACAAUGUCAUUAAACGGAUUGAAAGUGGGGCAUUUCGAAAUCUGAGCAAACUGAGGGUCCUGAUCUUAAACGACAACCUUAUACCCAUGCUUCCUACCAACCUGUUCAAGUCUGUGUCCUUAACCCACUUGGACUUGCGGGGAAACAGGUUAAAAGUCCUUUCCUACCGAGGGAUGUUGGACCAUAUUGGCAGGAGCCUCAUGGAGAUCCAGCUGGAGGAGAACCCUUGGAACUGUACUUGUGAGAUAGUGCAGCUGAAGAGCUGGCUCGAGCGCAUCCCCUACACCGCCCUGGUGGGAGACAUCACCUGCGAGACCCCCUUCCACUUCCAUGGCAAGGACCUGAGGGAAAUCAAAAGGAGCAAACUCUGCCCCAUGCUAUCUGACUCGGAGGUGGAGGCCAGCCUGGGGAUUCCUCAGUUGUCAUCCAGCAAGGAGAACGCGUGGCCUACCAAGCCUUCCUCCAUGCUGUCCUCCUUCCAUUUCACUGCUUCCUCUGUUGAAUACAAAACCUCCAAUAAGCAGCCCAAGCCCACCAAGCAACCGCGGCCGCCCAAACCUCCCCCAACGUCCCGAGGCCUGUUCCCCGGGCCCAACCAGCCUCCCAUCGCCGCCUACCAGACGAGGCCUCCCAUCCCCAUCAUAUGCCCCACCGGGUGCUCCUGCAAUUUGCACAUCACCGACUUGGGCCUGACGGUCAACUGCAAGGAGCGAGGGUUUCACAACAUCUCCGAGCUGCUGCCCAGGCCCCUGAACGCCAAGAAGCUGUACCUGAGCGGCAACCUGAUCCAGAAGAUCUACCGCUCGGAUUUCUGGAAUUUCUCCUCCUUGGAUCUCUUGCACCUGGGGAACAACCGGAUCUCCUACGUGCAGGACGGGGCCUUCAUCAACCUGCCCAACCUGAAGAGCCUCUACCUGAACGGCAACGACAUCGAGAGGCUGACGCCGGGCAUGUUCCGGGGCCUGCAGAGCUUGCACUACCUGUACUUCGAGUACAACCUGAUCCGCGAGAUCCAGCCCGCCGCCUUCAGCCUCAUGCCCAACCUCAAGCUGCUCUUCCUCAACGACAACCUGCUGCGCACGCUGCCCACCGACGCCUUCGCGGGCACCUCGCUGGCCAGGCUCAACCUGCGCAACAACCACUUCCUCUACCUGCCGGUGGCCGGGGUGCUGGAGCACCUCAACGCCAUCGUGCAGAUCGACCUCAAGCUCAACCCCUGGGACUGCACGUGCGACCUGGUGCCGCUCAAGCAGUGGAUCGAGACCAUCAGCUCCGUGAUCGUGGUGGGCGACGUGCUGUGCGCCAGCCCGGACAACCUCACGCACCGCGACCUGCGCUCCGUGGAGCUGGACGCGCUGUGCCCCGACAUGCUGGCCCCCGCCCGCCCGGCUCCCCCGCCGCCUCCUCCUCCUCGCGCGACGUGCCCCACGGGGGGCGCCUUCUCCGGGGACGCGCCCCCGCCGCCGCCGCCCUGCGCCGUGGGCUUCGUGGACUGCCUCUACGGCACGGUGCCCAAGCUAAAGGAGCUGCACGUGCACCCCCCUGGCAUGCAAUACCCGGACCUGCAGCAGGACGCCAGGCUCAAGGAAACCCUUCUCUUCUCGGCUGGAAAGGGCUUCCCUGACCACCAAACCCCCAAAAGCGAAUACCUCGAGUUAAGGGCCAAACUCCAUCCCAUCCCCGACCCCCACCCCUGGCCCCCAGCCCAACCGCAUGAUGAUACUAGAGGAUACAGCUGUGUGCUCUCCCCCACCAGAGGCUGUGUUCGGAGGAAGGGCCAUCUCAGAUCAUUAAUCGAUGAAGUGCCUUCGCAGACUUUUGCCAGCAGAUGUUAA